AUGUCCCAAGGAGGCUACUUUGAGGGCGAGAGGCACUACCAAGCUCUGGAGAUGGCUCCAGCGAGGUCAACCACCACCGAAUUGGCCCCCUUGUGCGAAUCGGAGCUGGCCUCCUACAUUGGGGAUGAGCAGUUACUCUCCGAGUUGCUUCAAGGGAACCAACAGAGGUUGCCCAAGGGGGCCUCCUUCCCAAACUACUUCCCCACUGACCCGUACCCCUUCCUCUCUUUCGGAGGGGAACGCAAGGGCCUGCCCCCCUUUGACCCACGAUCGAUUGCGGUCAAGGAAGAACCUCGAGGAGGGCAGGCUGGGCGAGGGGUCGCACGCCACCCGUACAGCGCCAUGCACUUGCCAACAAGCCAUUGUGCCCAGGUGGCCCUCACCCCACCAGGACCACGUGCCGGGCAAGCUCUGAGAGUGCUCAAGGGUCCGGCCUGCAGCCCGCCCCCUCCUUGCGGCACCCCCAAGGGAAAGAAAUCCUUGAACAAAGACAGCCUGGAGUACCGCCUGCGCCGCGAGCGCAACAACAUCGCGGUGCGCAAAAGCCGCGACAAAGCCAAGCGCCGGGUGAUGGAGACGCAACAACGCAUGGUGGAACUGCUGGGGGAGAACGAACGGCUGCGCAGCCGGGUGGAUCAACUGAUGCAGGAAACCGAGACCCUCCGGGAUAUUUUCCGGCAGGUGCCCGAAGCCGCCGGGCUGAUCAAGGGACUCGGGGGCUGCAGCUGA